AUGAAUGGGAGUCAGUACAUCUGGAUCCUAAGGGGCCUCUCCCUCAUGCUGACAUGGGGAACACUGGAAGGUGUUCUUCUGGAAAAUGUGGCCCUGGGUCGAAAAGCAGAGCAGUCCUCAUCAAUCUACACUGGUACUGCUGAAAAGGCGGUUGAUGGAAACCGUGACCCGAGAUAUGAAAAUGGAUUCUGCGCCCACACUAAAAAAGAGUCAAACCCCUGGUGGAGGGUAGAACUGCAGGAUGUGUACAAAGUCACUGCUGUAAUGGUAACAAACAGAGAUAAAGUCGCAGAGAGGCUCGACAAUGCUGAAAUCUGGAUUGGACUCUCGUUGAAGAUCAAUGACGCUAAAAAUUUCAGAUGUGGAGUCAUCCCUCACAUUCCCGAAGGACACACAGUCUACAUCUCAUGUAGCGGACUGGAGGGACGCUAUGUCACUGUGUUACUGCGAGGAGCAGAGAGGACUCUUACUCUCUGUGAAGUCGAAGUGUUCCAUUCGGAGGAUGGUAAGGUGCCGUGUCCACUGCCGCCAUUGUUUUAG